AUGAAUAAUAGAAAUGACUAAGCAGUCAUCUAACUUCACUAAUUUUAGAAUAAUUAAUUAAGUUAAAUUGAUAGAAAAAAAUUAGAAACAUGUUUUAAAGAAUGGGAAAUCUUCUUAAUAUUUAAAGAUUUUCUCAUAAAUGAAUAAUAUUAAAAUAUUCCAUAUACAUUUGGAUCAUAUUUAAAUAGCAAAUGA